CAUUAGAACUAUACUAAAAUGCCAUUAACAAAAAAGGAAGUACUAAUAGUAUUAUGUGUACUAAUAGUAUUAUGUAUAGUGAUCAUGUUGCAGCAGUAACUCAGACACAAAGUAAAGUACCAGAUCAGACAACAGAUCAGACAACAGAUCAGACACCAGAUUCUAAAUUUCACCAUUUUCAGUUCUUUUACCUAAACACAAAGGGUUACAAAGAGUUGGAGGAAAUUACUUAUUUGCAGUGGAUGAAAGAUGAGAACCAGCAAGAAGGCGACAUAGAAUUGAUCAAUGGAACCUAUAUUACUAUACCACAAGAUGGAGUUUAUGACAUAAAAUGUGUAGUGCAACUUUAUAUUCCAGAAAAUACACCUGACUUUCAUUUAUUCCUAACUUUGUACACAAAGAAUGAAACAAAGAUUGAAUCUAAGAAAAAGACUUUACAUUCCUCACAUAUAACAAAACAUGAGCCAAUAGAAUUAUCAGUUACACCAAAUUGA